AUGAACAACGAACAGUUUCGGAAGCUGCUAGGCGCGAACUCAACCAAGUCAUCAUCACCCAGUAAUGGAGCCACUCCAGGCAUCGCCACGCCAUCUGGCGCUGGUGCUCUGGGAUCGCGACAACGGUCAAGCAUCCCAAUGACGCCCCGGUCUGUUGGUGGCAUGAACCCUAGAAACGAGUUUGCGCGACAACUUGCUGCUAGAAAUCAAGCAGCUCAGCCCCAGAAGAAGUUCCGAUCGUCAGCGCCCAAAGGAUCCCGACUCGCCGAAGGCUACGUGGACCGAUCGAAAGAGCGGUACGAUGAAGAGGAAGACGAUCGUGCGAAAAGGAUAAAGGCGUUGGAGGAGUCACUCAAGAACGAGGAGAUUGGCAAGGAGACGUUUGAGAAGCUCCGCAACGAGAUUGCAGGAGGCGACAUCUCCAGCACGCAUCUGGUAAAGGGGUUGGACUUCAAGCUCCUGGCGAGGAUACGAAGAGGUGAAGACGUUUGGAACGACGAAAAAGACAAAGAAGAGAAGGAGGAGGCGCCCCCCGAAGAGGACAUUGAUGAAGCAUUCGACGAAUUGGAGGAGUCAGAGGUGCAAGCUAUCGAAAAGGAAACGGUCAAGAAGAAGGGCCAGAUGGCAUCUAUAGCGCUUGCACCUGGGAAAAAGAGAACACGAGACCAGAUUUUGGCGGAGAUGAAGGCUGCAAGAGCGGCUGCAAAGGCAGCGCAAGACAAUCUGGGCGACAAAUUCAGGAAGAUUGGAGCGAAGCAAAAGCCCGGAACUCGCAUUGAGCGAGACAGCAAGGGCCGCGAGGUUCUUAUCAUCGUCGACGAAGACGGUCACGAGAAGAGAAAGGUCCGAAAAGUACAACCAGGGGUAGAAGAAGAGCAGAGGAAGGAGUUCAUUCCGGAUAAGGACGCGAAGCCGCUUGGCAUGGAGGUUCCUGAAUUCUACAAGAAGCAGCAGCAGCAGGAAGCCGAGGAAGAUGACAACGAUGACAUUUUCGCCGACGCGGGAGACGACUACGAUCCGCUUGCUGGCAUGGACAGCGAUUCGGGUGAGGACGACGAAGGCGAGGUAAAGGACAAGGAGGCGAAGGAGGACGCCAAGGCAGAACCCAAAUCCGACUCGACAUCAAUGGCACCACCUCCCAAGCCAGCCGCCCCGCGCAAUUACUUCAAGGACUCCAAGACGGAGCUUAUUUCAUCACAAUCCAUCAAGGCACCCUCUAUGGAAGACCCUGCAAUCAUGGCAGCGUUCAAGAGGGCCGCACAGCUCAGAGCAGCAAACAAGGAAGAGAAUAAUGAUGAGGAUGAAGACGACGAAGAGGCCAAGGCCCGCGCGGCACGUCGCAGGAAGAUGCUGGAGUCGGUCGACCGUGAUGCCGAAGAUCUGGACAUGGGCUUUGGCACCAGCAGAUUUGAGGAUGAGGCCGACUUUGACGACCAACCAAUUAAGUUGUCUCAAUGGGGCAACGACGAUGACGACGAGGGUGGACACGGUGGCAAGACGAAGAGAAAGAGAGGUCCCAAGAAGAGAAAGGGCGACGGUAACAACGCAGCAGAUGUGUUGAGGGUCAUGGAACAGCGGAAGGCGGCGGAGAAGUCCUGA